AUGCCAGGAACUCUCCCCAGGUUUCCCAGCAUGCCGUCUUCCUUUCUCAGCUCGCUGCCCCAAGGCAUCAACCCUCCCAGUUUACCCAGAGGCAUCUCUCUGCCCAGUUUACCCAGCCUGCCGAGGGGGAUGUCGUUGCCGAGGGGGAUGUCAUUGCCGAGGGCAGCCGUCGCCAUGUCGACUGUUACCGAGGCUCCUCGGAGGCUGCUGCAGGACUGCUGCUCCGUGCUGGACCAUCAGACACCUGGAGGUCUGUGCGGUUGCUGCUGGGCGUUGCGUCCUCGCUACAAGCGUCUGGUUGAUAAUAUUUUCCCAGAAGACCCGGAGGACGGGCUGGUGAAAGCCAACAUGGAGAAGCUGACGUUCUUCGCUCUGUCGGCUCCGGAAAAACUCGACCGAAUCGCUGCGUACCUGUCAGAGCGAUUGACCCGAGAGCUGAACCGCCACCGCUACGGGUAUGUGUGUAUUGCGAUGGAGGCCAUGGAGCAGCUGCUGCUGGCGUGUCACUGUCAGAGCAUCAACCUGCUGGUGGAGAGUUUCCUCAGCACGCUGCGUCUGCUGCUGGAGGCCGAAAAACCACACCUCCACAUCCUCGCCACCAACUCCUUUGUGAAGUUUGCGAACAUCGAGGAGGACACGCCAUCGUAUCAUCGCAGCUACGACUUCUUCGUGUCUCGCUUCAGUGAGAUGUGUCACACCGAACACGAAGACACCGACAUCCAGAACAAGAUCCGUGUGGCGGGCAUCCGCGGCCUGCAGGGCGUGGUCAGGAAGACGGUGGACGACGAACUGCAGGUGAACAUCUGGGAGCCUCGCCACAUGGAGCAGAUCGUCCCUGCUCUGCUGGUCAACCUGCAGCAGCACACACACACCAACAGUGAGUCUCCAGCAGAGCAGACGGAAGUGUGUUUCAGGGAGCUGUUGGGACGAGCUGCUUAUGGACACAUUACCAACGCUGUCAGACCUGUGCUCAUGCACCUGGACAGUCACAGUCUCUGGGAGGGACGAAGCUUUGCUGUUCAGUGUUUUCAGAUCAUCAUGUACUCCAUCCAGCCCCAACACUCCCACCUGGUGAUCCAGCAGCUGUUGGGUCACCUGGACGCCAACAGCAGGACUCCCGCUUCGGUACGAGCCGGGAUCGUAGAGGUGCUGUCUGAAGCUGCUGCUAUAGAAGCUACCGGAUCUGUCGGUCCGACUGUACUGGAAGUGUUCAACACGUUACUGCGACAGCUGAGGCAGAGCGUGGACUACCAGCUGACUGGUUAUUACGACGACGACGGAAAACAGGAAACCACCUCGAGUGAAGAGAAGACACUGCAGGACGCCGUCAUCAAAACUAUUGGAUCCUUCGCCAACACGCUCCCCGUGUACCAGAGGUCAGAGGUCAUGCUGUUCAUCAUGGGGAGGAUCCCUGUUCCCGGGAUGUACCCCGCUCUGGGCUCCCCCAACGCCGGGUUUGAAGGCAGCAGGAUGAUCCAGGUGAUGCUGCUGAAGUCUCUCCUGCAGGUGUCGGAGUGUUACGACAGCAGUAACCUGUUGACGGCGUUGCCCUCGUCCUUCUUGGAGCCGCUGCUUUCCUUCACGCUGAUGGAAGAUCCAGAGAUCCGUCUGCUCGUCCUCUCCAUCCUCACCUCGCUCAUCGACAGACGCCACAACGCCCCCAGACUCAGCGCUGCCGCCGCCAGUGUGACGUUUGACGUCUCGGUGCUGCAGCGGAAGGAGGACCGGUGCUCUCGACAAGACAACCUGUUCAUCAGGAAGCACGCUCAGCGUCUCUACAGGCACAUCUACCUCACCUGUAAGGAGGAGAGCAGUGGGCGGAGCCACUACCAGGCCCUCUGCGCCCUAUUGGCUGUCGUCUGUGUGGAACUGACCAAUGAGGAGGUAACGGUGGACCUGAUCCGACUCGUCCUCGCUCUGCAGGAGCUGGCGUUGUCCAAUCAGGAGUGUCUGUCGGUGUUUAACCGCUGUGGAGUUCACGCCGUCUGCGCCGCCUUCCUCCUCCUGCUGUCCCAGCUCGGCCCUCCUCCUCCUCUCCACCAACACGUCACUCAGGUGAUAGAGAGUCGUCAGAGCAGCGCUCCACACCUGCUGCCUCAAGACCUUUUCUGUGACAAACCCAGACUGCCAGAAGGUCAGCUGAAAGUAGAUGAAGACUUUCUGUUCGCCCAGUCUAAGAUCUGCGAGGCUCUGACAGGAAGCAGCUACAGUGCACACGCCGAACGUUUCAACACGCCAUACACGCCUCAGAUAACCGAUGAGGACCGUCUGUCGAAGAGGAAAAGUAUUGGAGACGUCAUCUCUCUGCAGAUAGACAUGGACCCUGAGUACUGUGAUACAGAGCAGAAACCUCAGACGGAGCAGAUCACCUUUGAGACGCUGAAGAACGCCAUCGAAGAUAGAGGCAGUGUGGCGGAGGACGAGCGCCGGAGGAUGCAGGUGGUGGAGAAGUUUCAGACGGCUCCGUUUGAGGAGAUCGCUGCUCACUGUGGAGCCAGGACCUCUCUGCUUCAGUCCAAACUGGAUCACAUCUUUGAUUUGAUCAUCCGUCCUCCUCCGUCUCCGUCCGGACACUCGCCGCCUCGCUCCACUCCGCUCUAUGAGAUGAAGUUUCCUGACCUCUGUGUCUAUUAGACACUCAGGCAUCAUGUUGAAGCCCUUUCCUUGUCACUUCCUCUGACCUGUUUCCUGUUUCCUGUUCCACCAGAGAUUAGACUUGUGUUUUAUCCCCAGGGGUGUAAGGCUGUCUCUUUAAAUAUCAUACGGUUAAGAUGUGGCUCGUUUCAAGGGUUAUUUAACCACUGCUCUGUCUGUCUCUCUGUCUCUCUGUCUGUCUCUC